CUGCUGUCAUCUACCUUGAGAUAUUCUUCAACCAGAGAUGGACUAAACAAUCCUCAUUCAUCUUUACCUAAAAAUUGUUUUAUAAAAUAAAUAAAAGGAAUAUCUCCCCUUCCAUGUAAGUUAAAUGGAAUUCCAUUUCCUUUGAAUUUGUUUAAAAAGGAGUGGAAUAACCAAGAAAAAUAAAGCAAGAGAAGGAACCUUUGGGGAGGAGAGGAUGAACAUACCCUCUGUUUUCAUUUCUGUAUAUUCCUCUCAAUAGAUCUUGUUAUCAUCAAUUUUCCCAUCUAUUCCCCUCCUUCCACUUGGGAUCCGAUGAUUUUGGAUCGAAUCCAGCAUUUCGCACUUAGCAUUUGAUCACUCACUGCUACUGCUUCCUGCUCGAAUAAGUCAGUUUUGCUAGGUUGUGACGGAGCAGCGUGAGUUAAUCUGCAGCAAAGAUGGAGACUGACCAAGGCAAACUAUUUAUUGGUGGGAUUUCUUGGGACACUAAUGAGGAUCGUCUUAAAGAGUAUUUUGGAGUAUAUGGGAAUGUGGUGGAGGCUGUGAUCAUGAAAGAUCGAACCACGGGACGUGCUCGUGGAUUUGGCUUUGUAGUCUUUGCCGACCCUGCAGUUGCUGAAAGGGUGGUUGCGGAGAAACACAUGAUUGAUGGUCGAACUGUGGAAGCAAAGAAAGCAGUUCCAAGGGAUGACCAGCACUUGAUAAAUAGAAGUAGCAGCAGCAGCAUUCAGGGGUCACCAGGGCCUGGACGCACUAAAAAGAUUUUUGUAGGAGGAUUAGCAUCUACUGUCACUGAGAGUGACUUUAAAACCUACUUCGAUCAGUUUGGGACCAUAACAGAUGUUGUGGUCAUGUAUGACCACAACACUCAGAGGCCAAGAGGUUUUGGUUUCAUAACAUAUGAUUCUGAGGAUGCAGUGGAUAGGGUGUUGCACAAAACCUUUCAUGAACUCAAUGGAAAGAUGGUUGAGGUCAAGCGAGCAGUUCCUAAAGAAUUGUCUCCUGGGCCCAACAGGAGCCCACUAGUUGGUUACAACUACGGUUUUAGUAGAGGGAAUAACUUCCUCAAUAGCUACCCACCAGGAUAUAAUCUAAGCUCACUUGGAGGCUAUAGUGUCCGGAUGGAUGGAAGAUACAGUCCUCUGGCUAGUGGCCGUGCUGGGCAAUCUUAUGGUGUGGGAGUGAACAUGGAACAAGGUUUGAAUGCUGGGUUUGGUGGGGGCUCUAACUUUGGCGGCAAUGUAGGUUUUGGCCGUGUCCUGAACCCAUACUUUGGCAGUAGCCAGAGCAGGUAUAGUACUCCUAUUGGUUACAAUGCAAGUGGCAGCCGUGGUGACUCUUUCCUCAACUCAUCACCCAGAAAUGUUUGGGGAAAUGGUGGCCUUAAUGCUUCAGCAAAUAAUGGCAACUCUGGUUCUGGAAGUGGUGGUGGUUUUGGAGUCUUUAGAAACAAUGGAACAAAUUGGGGUACUUCUCCUAAUGCUGCCUCACUUGGGGGAAGUUCUUCUGGGUUCAGCAGGGGUAAUGUUGGUUAUAGAGGCGGAGAAAAUAGCUAUGCUCUUGGAGCAGGAGGGUUUGGAAGGAACACAGGAACUGGUGUAGCCACUUCAUUUUCUGUCUCGAGUGGUGGCUAUGAGAGAUCCUAUGGAGACUUUUACCGUGGUAGCUCUGUUUAUGGUGAUCCUACUUGGCAAACUACAUCUUCUGGGCUUGAUCAUUCUGGGUCAUUUGGUUAUGCUCUUGGAAAUUCUGAAGAUGUGGCUGACAAAGAUUCUGAGGAUUAUGGAGUGGCCUAUGACAUUCCAAAUAGACAAUCCAAUAGAGGAAUAUCUGCAUAGGAACAGAGUAAACUGAAAUGAUGGUAGGAGAGGAAACUUAGAGAACAUGUGAACUGUUUAUUUGGUUUCACAUUGCUUGGUAGAGACAAAUGAUGUUACUAUACGGAGCUAACUGGGUCUUGGAGCAGAGUAUGUGCAUGCUCAUAGUAUCUGUCUGAAGGUUUGAGGUUCGUUUUUAGCAUAACUUAGGUUCGUAUGAUCAGAUGGUUGAGAUGUGAAUCAGACUGCAGAAUACACUUGUGGAACAUUCCUCUAGUUUUAUUUGUUGUGUGUCUCUUCAACACAAAAUGGUUUCUACUGCUACGCCAUUGAAAAGGUAGAGAGUUAUUUUUGUAUUCAUUUUUCUUCCUGUUUGUCGGCUCUGAUGAUUGGCGGAGUUUUUUGUCCUUCUCCGUCUGGGAUUUGUAUCUCGCCCAGACUGAGAGACUGUAUGUGAGUUUUUUCUGCUUGAUUUAUUAGCGUGAAAUAUAACAGGGAUACCCUCUUAGGUCUCCCUUCAAUAAAAAAUAUUGAAUGGUAUGAUUAUUUCAUUUCAAUGGAGGUGCUUCUGUUACUGUAUCACACUUUAUUGUGUAUCAAAUAGAUUUACUAGUGUAUUAAGUACUUCCCAAUACUUUUUCAUAA